GGUUAUCCUAGAUUAUGCGUCGGCUUAUAGGUCGUAGUAAAUCGGUGGCCAUGCGUCACCGGAAGCGCUCGGCGACGGCCAAGCCGCUGCAUGCGUCGAAAAUUAAGGCGACAGGCUCCACGACCAAUUGGGAGAAGGCAAGGGAUGUCCGUAGUGCCCCUCCGCGUCGAAAGAAGCAGGUUCGUGGCGAGAGAGCAACGUUUGUAAACCCUAAAAAGGUCACGAAGAAGCGCGAGAAGCGGUGGCGAAGAGGUAAAACGCAUGGAGACAACAGCAAUGCGGCUACAAUUUCAUACAAGGAGACGCCGAUGGAUAAGGAAAUGAAGGCAUUUGCAGCUAAAGUGGCGCUGUCCCCUCAGGAAAGGCAGCUGCGCACAAAAGUGUUCGAGGACCUGCGGAGCCUUAUCUCGUCAGCGUUCCAGGACGCGACGGUGAAGCUCUACGGAUCAUCCAGCACGGGGCUGGAUACUUUUCGAAGUGAUUUGGAUAUUACAGUGGGGAAUAUUACGCUGCCGUCGCUGCAGAUGCCUUGCGUGGUUGUGGAUGAAGAGGAACUCACUGAAGAGCAGGAAACUCGAGAUAUUGGUGCUGAGGUGCCUGAUCCUGUACAGGUGGAAGAGGAGGAAUUCUCGUUCUCGUUGAACCUGGCGCUCCCAGUGGGAACGGUUGUCUCGGAGGACAAUGCAGACAUCACUCGUCGUGUGCAGCCCACCCCUGCUUCACACUGGAAUCCAGCACUUCGCAGACGUAAACUUCGCGUUCUGCGAGCAUUGCAGUUGUUGUUGAAGUCCCAAAGACCUCAUUUCCAGAUUAAGUGCUUACACAAGGCCAAAAUUCCCAUUCUUAUGGUGCUGGACACGAAGACGAAGCUGUCGAUUGACAUCGGUGUCAACCGUGAGUUAUUUGAGGCGAGUGAUCUCGGACGCUCGACUUCUCUUGUACAAAGGCUGCAAGACACUUUGGGAGUACCGUUUACGACAAUGAUCAUGUUCCUGAAGGAGUUCUUGUACCAGUUUGACUUGGAUAAACCUUUCACCGGCGGGCUCGGCAGCUUUCGGCUGUACAUGAUGGUGGCGUAUAUUUUCCAACGCAACAGCUCAACACACAAGAACAAACCGGUAUCGUCCCUAUUGCUGGCGUUCUUUGAGCUAUUUGGCAACAGAAAGCAGCCCAAUUUUCUGCACGAGGACACGCAACUACCGCUUCCACUAGGAAACGGCGGUCACAUGGAUUUUGGCGGCGUCUUCCGCAUUGGUGACUGUGUGGACACGUUCGCUAUGGCUUUCGAUAUCUUGAAAUCUACGGGGAAUAUUGGAUCCAUUAUUUAUGAGGAGCGCCUCGAGAAGGACCGCAAAAAGUGCCAAACGAACAAAUGAGACUGCACCAUAGAGAAGUGAGCUAUUGUAUCUUAGAGCUUGAACUGCUUGAACGUGGCAGGAACCCCAAUCCAAUCACUGAAAGCCUCAAAGAACUGUUCUCGCUGAUUGUUGUAGGCGACAACAGCUGUCGAUGCCGAAGAUGUAGAGGGUGUUGUGCAUGAUGCGCGUACAGGAACUGCUCGCUUGAGUUGAAGAUACUCAAGAUCACUUGUGUUAUCUGACAGUGAGGCUUGGCUGAGAAGGUGAAAUGCACGCAGCAUGUUCCUCUUUGCCAGACGUGAAGCCACUCUCUCCAUG